AAUCCAGUUCAAUUGCAAAUUUCUUCUUCACAAACAAAUUUAGUUUUCCCCUUGGUCACUCCAAGAACAACACAAAAGACGAAACCUUUCACAAUCACUUUGUUGUUACGAACCCAAGCUUCUUCAUUUCUCCAAUCUUCUUCCUUCUUCUUCUCUUAUGGCGUCGACACCGAAUCAGGAAGCAAUCGACACUUUCAUCAGCAUCACCGGCGCUUCAAACGCCGUCGCCCUUCAGAAACUCGAGGAACAUCGUGGUGAUCUUAAUCAAGCUGUGAAUGCAUAUUUCAGCGAGGGGGAUCAGAAUGUGGUACGUGAAGCACCGGUUGAUGCCCUUCAUGACGAUGAAAUGGAUAUAGAUGAUGUGAUUCCGGCUCCGCAAUCUCCUCUAUCUAUGUUCAAUGCAGCUAGAACAAUUGGCCGUCCUUUUUCUCUUUUGGAUUCGGACUUUGCUAGAGGUAUAUUUGAUAGUGAUCCUCUUAUGCCACGCCCUCCGUUUGUUAGUCAUCCCAGAGAGGUUAGGCAGAUACCAAUAGAGGUUAAGGAUAGCACUAGUGGGCCAUCAGGACGAUCUAGUGAUGCUCCUACUAUUGAGGAUGUGACAGAAACAGCACAUGUCCAAGGUCCAGCUACUCAAGGAACUGUUAUUAUAGAUGAAGAGAGUGAUAAUGAUAUUCCUUAUGCACCAACCGGACAAAGUAGGCAAGACGGACUUGCUGGUUCUGUAGCCAAUAAUAAUCAAGAUUACAAUGAUAUUGAAGAAGAAAUGAUCAGAGCUGCCAUUGAGGCCUCAAAGAAGGAGGCUGAGGGAUCAACUAACCCUUUGCUUGAAGAGAGGCCCCCUCACAUGGAAGAUGAUGACGACAUAGCAAAAGCUGUUACAAUGUCAUUGAAGUCAGCCGAGGAAGAGGUUUUGCGCGGUCAAGGGUAUAAGGCCUCAACCUCAGAAUUAGGAGCUUCUGAAGUGACUGCUGCUCAAGGACCUCAGGAUACCCAAGCCCUGAACGGAAGAUUGGCAGCACCUAGCUCACCAUUUGAGGAUGACUCCGAUGAUGUUGAUGACCAACCUCUUAUUAGACACAGACCAAGACGUGCAGCAUCGGGAUCUCUGGCUCCACCUAACGUUGAUCGUUCCCGGAGUGGGAGUCCUGAAGAAGAACGUGCAAGUAUUAAUCCAGAGGAGCGUGGCAAUGGGUUUCCUUCAGAGUGGGGAGGCAUUUCGUCUGAGGAACAUGAUGAAGCUGUCAUGCUUGAGGCGGCCAUGUUUGGUGGCAUUCCUGAAACUGGAUAUAAUCCUCCUCUUCCAUUCUUGCCUCCUCAGCCGAGGGCUCAACCACCUCCACCCUCACCUUCACUGACAGCUCAGAGGUUAAUACGGGAACAGCAGGAUGAUGAGUAUCUUGCAUCCCUGCAAGCUGACCGAGAUAAAGAAAUUAAAUCCAUUAGAGAGGAAGAAACUGCUAGAAAGGCUUUUCUGGAGGAAGAAAAGAAAAAAGAGGAAGAAGCUCAAAGAAAACUCGAGGAAGAACAGGAGCUAGAGAGGCAGCUAGAUGCGAAAGAAGCAUCUCUACCUAAGGAGCCCCAAGCAGACGAAGAGAAUGCCAUUACCCUUCUAAUCCGGAUGCCAGAUGGCACCCGACGUGGCCGCCGGUUCCUUAAAUCCGACAAACUCCAAUCUCUUUUCAACUUUAUAGACAUUGCCAGAGUGGUGAAACCCAACACUUACAGACUGGUGAGGCCAUAUCCAAGGCAUGCGUUUGGAGAUGGAGAAAGUGAGUCUACCUUGAACGAUCUUGGGCUGACCAGCAAACAAGAAGCAUUGUUCCUUGAGCUUAUCUAAAGUAAGUUUUAGCUUUUAAAUAUCAGACUUACAUUUGUCUGCUGCUUAGAAACUCUUUAAUUUUCAAGUUAUUUUUAUCUUUCUUUAAAGUAUCUGUUGGGAGGGAUUAUAUUAUGAGUUAUAAAACCGGUUUCAGUUGUACAUACAUUACUGCCUAAUGUGUCUGGCUCUCACUCUCUCAAGUAUAAUGUUUGUCAUCUUCAACUUUGCUGUUUUAAA